GAUCACAUCCAGGAGGUGCUGGAGAAAUGGGAGCAGAUCGACGACGAGAUCUGGGCAAAGGUGAUCGUGAUGGAGCGGAAUCGUCGCGUGGCGAAAGCCUAUGCCCGCGCACCCGUCCUCACCAUCAACGGCUCCGACGAAGGAUUCGACGGAUUCCGGCUCGGUCUCUCGGGUUUCCUCAACCCCGGUAGGGACCCGAAGACGGAAGAAGUGAAACGACGCAUCGGAGCAGGAAUCAAACUGAAGAUGGACCCCGAGGGAAGCAUCCUGGUGAAGCGAUCGUCCAAGAGCAACGUGUACGUGAAGAACACGCUCGAGGAGACCAGCCUCAGCAACGACAUCCUGAAGCUUCCGAACGCGGCUCUGCCGUACGAGACGCCCGAGAAAUUGUUCGACAUGCACAAAUUCGAGGAGAACAUGGAUCGAGAGUUGAAGAGGGCGUACCCGGAUCGGAAGAAAUUGGAAUGGCAGUGCGUGACUGCCCUCGCCUUCCUCCGUAACGAGGAGGAGCUCCUGGACUCCCCCUGCUGGAUCCUCAUCCUCAACAUCGUUGCCUUGGAUUUGCUCAAAUCUCGACUCCCCCUUCCACGGAGACGAUCGCCAGGUGUGCAAGAUAAGAUCGUUCGAGAAGACGAAGAUCCCUACAGCCUGAGUUCCGGAUCUGGAUCUGGAAGUUCCGGUAUAUCCAGUCGUGACUCAAAACGACCCGCCAAAAAGGAACACGAGAACGGCGGAGGAGUGGGCAUGUUGAAGAACCUGAAAUCCUCGCGGGGCCGGGACCAGUCGAAGAAAGGUAACUGACGAUUGUG